AUGACUGUGUAUAAAGUGUCUUUAUUUGGUUUAAAACCAUGUGAUAUAAGCAGUUAUAACAAUAAUAAAAUACUUGAAACAUCACUUCAACGACAAGAUUCAUUAAUUUCAACAACACCACCUAAAUUACAACUAGAAAAUACGAAAGAAACUUCAUCACCACUAGAUACUGAUUAUCUCAAUUUAGUUAUUAAACCUUUGGUAACAACAAAUAAUUCAUAUUCUUCGACAAAUAACAAUACUGGUCAUGAAUCAAGUCCAAUUCGUUUGAAGAUUCGUGAAACACCACGAGGACGUCACUACAUUUGUAUCUCACAAACAUUAUUACGUACACAUACUGGUGAUACGUAA